CUUCCUCUAUAUCGUCUCGUCGUCGUUCGUUGUUGUCGUGUCGUCAGAUAUCCGUUCUGUCAUCUAAUGUUUAAUGUUUGCCACUUUACAUUCACCCCUAAUCAUGGUUAAGAGGGCUUGCCCGUUCGCAGAUGACAUGAACCCUCAAGUAAAGAUUCAUGUUCGUCAGAAAGAAAUUGCUGCCGGUGUCAUGAGUGAUCAGCAUAUGAAGCUUGUUUUCGACAAGACUAAAGAUCUCCUCUUUCUUGGAGCAAAGAAGUCCUUAACGACUCCUCCAGCUGAGUCAGUUCUAGGAAGUCCCAAAGUGAAUAAUACAUCACUGUCAACCAAUUCUAGUCAAGGUUCAUCAAUGAAACAGAUGCAACUGACACUUCAAGGACACCUGCACUCAUCUUCUGUUGAUCAGGUGGUUCCUCUUCAAAUGAAUGUUCCCUGUUCCAAAUGCUCUUUGUGGAACCCUUCAGACAUGCAGAGCUGCUCUUUCUGUGAUUCAUCUUUAUGCUCAUCAUGUGCUCAAACCUGUUCCAAAUGCCGGGAUCUUUUUUGUGCUUCGUGUUCGUUUGAUGUGUAUGAUCUCUCUAAUGGUUAUAUCUGCAGGAAUUGUUGUUAAAUUUUUUAAAUCAUAUUUUUAUGUAAGGUAUCAAUCUAUCUCUUAAAAGACUUGUCAAGAGAUAACUGUAAAAAUAUUACUGUAACAUUAUCAUUGUUGUCCCCUACACACUAUAUUUUUCAUUUAUUUUAUUUUAUACCAUAUACUUUAAUGUAAACUGCUGUAAGUUAGUCAACUUGAGAUUUGUAAAACUUAUAAGUAAUCUCGAGGUUUUUUUGUUUGAGCAAUAAAUGUCUAAAAUCUUAA